AUGGAGGCCCAAUAUGCAUAUCACAUGAACUAUCUAGCGAACCAAAAAGAGGACCCGCUGCCACUUUUCCCUCCGAAGACCGCUAUCCAUAGGCCAUGUUCGGAGGCAACAGAGAUCUUGGAGGAGGAUGGGUAUGAUUGCUACUCAGAUAGUUCACCUAUGAGAAGUGUGGCUUCUUUUGGGACUGGGAGCAUAUCUACGGCCUCUACCCCGGACAAUGUUACAACUCCAAACUCCACUGGACUGACAGCGUUUGACUUUCACAUCGAGGAGAAUCAUAUUCGAGGCCCGAAUGGUCCUCAUUUGUUUGCGCUAUCGACAAGCUCCGAUCUGAAAUCAAUCUCGGACAUGUCUCCAAUGCCCCAGCAAACACCCAUCAGCACUACGGGUCCCUAUCAUCACAAAGCCUCUAAAUUUGACCCUUUUCGAAGGGAUACGCCAGUUCCGAAUCGCUCCACAAGCGCAACUCCUGAGCCUCAACAGCCUCAAUAUCCCGAGCAAUCCUUACCGACCGCUAGACACACUCUGUCAUCUGGUCAGACUGUACCUCCUCACUGGACAGACUGGACAACAUCACAGGUUGUGAGUUGGAUGCAAAGCCUUGGAUUCGAAGAUGAUGUCAUUGGGACUUUUCGCUGCAACGACAUCUCUGGUGCUGUUCUACUGGUGCUUCAGUUCAAGGAUCUCAAAGAGCAACUCGAGAUGAACUCAUUCGGCAAGCGAGUGAGAGUUAUGAACGCCGUUGAAAAACUUCGAAAUAGCGGCGUAUUUACUAGCACAGACACUGCUUCCUCACGCUCGCGCAACUCAAGUGUUACUAGCGAUCAGGCGUCUACCCGAAACACAUCCAUAAUAUCAGACAAAAGCUAUAACUCCUGCUCCGCUGUCGAUGAAGAGAUAAUCGAUGUGAAACCUCGGAGUCGUCGCCAGACUUCAAAUGGCCAUGGGCGCAAGAGAAAUGCCCUUGUUCCUGGGGAUUCUGUCUCCAUUGUUGCCAUCGAGCAGCUUCUACCUAAGCUGCAUCAGUGUUCCAAAGGCGAAGAUUGUCGUAAGUGGCAGAAGCAACAAGAGAAGCUGACUCGCCUCGCUCGGGACUUGCCAUUUGAGAAUUUUGGUUAUGGUCGUAUUGUUGCAGGAGACCCAGGAAAUCCGCAGACAGCCCCAAACCUACUCAAAUCUCCCAAGUCCGAGAUCACCCCAUCAAUUAUCGCAUCCUCUGAUAUAAUGGGGGGUAAUAAGCCUUCCGCGUUUCAACUUUCUCAGGAAAAGCUCAAAGAGGUCAAACCCAGGGAUCCCCAAGAAAACGUGCGGAAUUUCCUGAACUUCCAGAGUCUCGACCGAUUGAAGACCACCAAUGAGCCUGCCACUCCUCCUAGGGGACAUCUCUCAUCACCUGGAUCAGAGGGUUGCGAUUCUGCAAAGAUUACACCCACGCUUGCGGAUCAUCUUCGACACUUGCCUAAGCUCAGAAUUCCCAGCAUGCACGACUCCACCGACGGGUCUGUCUUCACUGAAAACAUAUCAGCUUUGCGCACUAUCACUCCUUCUAUUCUGUCGAAAAGAAGCCAUUUCAGUGAUCGGACCGCUAUCUCGAGUCAACAAGAAUCCGUCUCCCAUGAUGUAGCAGCCUCUCCAGCAGAUUUCUACCGAGUCGAUCCAUGCUAUCGGUCGGAAACUCCUCUUUCGGAUGUCGAUGCACCGAUUACCGCAGUUCCGAUCGGGCCAGUGGCACGAGAAGAAUCGCAAUCGGUGCCUCCAAACAUGCGCUUUGGCAAUAACAAAUACGUGAAGGAAGAGCCAGCUGCUCGGCCAUUCUCAACCAAGGCGGCAACUCAUUGGAGACAUCCUUCAAUUCAAAAUGUGGCAACAAUGAAUCCGCUUAUAGAGGGAUCUACCAUGAGUCCCAUCGAAACCCCCGAGGAUCUACAAAAAACACCCCGUGCACCUCAAAUGCGCAACAAUACUUUGUUCCCCUUCAUCAGACGUGGAGAGGAGGAUGUGACCCACAGUGGGUGGAUGAAGAAGCGCAAGACCACCAAAUUGCUAUGCCACGACUGGGAAGACCAUCACUUCACGCUGAAAGGCACCCAGCUUUCAAUGCAUGAUGAUGAUAUAUCCGCACAGCGAAACUCCAAGGCGUUGGAGUACAUCGACAUCGAUGACUACGCAGUCGCCUGUUCCUCGUUUGCCUCGAGGUCCAAGCUGACAGCAGCCUUUAGGAAAACUGUCCUUAAACGCAGUGAUAAUCCACAAGAUGUGUCCGCAUUUUCCUUCUCAUUGAUACCCACGCCCAAUGGAAGUGGGUUUGUCGACCGCAAGACUAUGUUCUUGAACAGUGGGAAGUCGCACCAUUUCGCUGUCAAGACUCGUGACGAACGCAUUGACUGGAUGCGAGAGCUUAUGCUGGCCAAAGCUCUCAAGCGUGGUCGAGACAGUGGUGCUGAGCUCACAUUCAACGGGGCCAACAUGAUAUGA